AUGCAUGAUAAUAAAGGUGAAAAUAUAACUACAAACAGAACGAUCGACGAUCAAAAAAAAAUAAGCAAUAAAGUUAAUCAAACAUCUCAAGAAAUCAGCAAUGCUAAUUCCUCUGAAUUAAAAAAAAUGAAAUCAAGUAGUCAAUCGUCAUUAAUAGAUUAUUCAACAAUCACAAUUUCCGAUAAAGUUCUUGAUAAUUUAGAGUCUAACAAUGUUGGAAGUGAUGUAUCAUCUAUCAAUGCUAGCAGUAACCUAGCAUCUACCAUUGAUGGCAAUAAUCUGUCGUUGAAAUGUGAACAGAUAAAACUUGAAAAUAAUGAUAAUCGAGACAAGCUUUUAGGAAAUAGUGGCAACGUGAAUAUUGAACAUUCGCAGCAAAAUCAACGGUUUAUUUUUGUGCCUCGACCACCAUCACAUCAACAACCACUAUCAAACCAACAACCGACGUCUCCCCAACAAUUUUCAUCUCACCAACAACCGCCGUCUUCCCAACAACCCCAACAACCGUCGUCUCAUCAACAACCACCGUCUCAUCAACAACCACCGUCUCAUCAACAAUCAUCGUCUCAUCAACAAUCACCGUCUCAACAAUCACCAUCUCAUCAACAAUCACCAUCUCAUCAACAAUCACCAUCUCAUCAACAGCCACCGUCUCAUCAACAACCUCUAUCUCACCAACAACCAUCUCCAUUAUUUUAUCGAACACCACCUCCGCAACAAUUGCCUCAUCGUAAACCACCUCCACAACAAUUACAGCCACCCUUGCAGCAGCUAUCUCAUAGACAGCCAUCUUUGCAAAUGAGACCACGAAAUGAUACAAAUCCUACGCAGCAACUACUAAAACCAUUGCAACCACAACAAAGACCACUAACAAAUCCUAAUGCUUAUAAAAUGAAUGAAUCUGAUCAAUCAGUAUUUCAAAAGAAUAAGUCAAACCUACAUCAGGAAAGUAAAAGUGGAACAUCCUUUUCCACAGUUGCUUUAGAUGGAUUAAAAUCGGUAGAAAAUUCCGAUAUCAAAUUCGACAAUAAUAAAAAUCCUUUACAAAAACCGGGUUGGACUAGUAGUAGUAAUGCUUCGGAGAAUCCAAGCCUACGUCAGCGCAUUCCACAGCUUCCAAUAGAUACAAAAAAUUCUAAAAUUUCUGAAAGAAAAGUUCACAUUAAGAUGCAACGUCCUUUCUUGGAAGUAUUUACGAACUCAACUGUCACUUUAAUGCAAGAUCUUGACAAGAUUAGUGAUUUGCCUGCAUCAGAUACAAUUAUGAAAGGAACAGUUUUAUAUAAACGUUUAGCCAAUAUUCUCGAAACCAGUCCUGGUUUUAAAAAUAAUGGCGCCACCAUCGCAUCAUAUCUUCGUCAUUACAGUACUCAAAUAAUGGAAGCUGGACAAGCAUUUGAAGAUAUGUAUCGUCAAGGUGACUUGGUAUUUUGGAUUUUAGAUAGAGAAAUAAAUCAAAUCCUCGAAAAAUUAAAACCAAAUAUAUUCGGACAAAUAUUCUUCAAAGAUGAAUCUGCAUUCUUUAAAGAACGAAUUAAAGACAUGAUGCAAGUUGUUGACGCAUUUAAAUCAAAAGUUACGGAUGCUGUCAGAGCAGUUAGAGUUGCAGAUUCGAUUAGAGAUCUGACUGAAAAAGGAUUGUUUCGUGGAAUUAAAAUUGAAGCUGAAAAAUUUGUAAGACUUGGAACACGUAAUAAUGAAUAUCGGUCAAAGUCAAAUGGUAAUUAUCCGCAACCGUUCCCAAAUGAAGAAUUAAUUAUCGAUGUUGAGAAUGCUAAAAAGCAUUUAGAGCAAGCUGAAGAAAUUUUGGACAUGCUAUAUAGAUCGGGUUAUGGAUUAAAUAGGUUGAUUAUUAUCUUGAAUAAUUAUAAAAAUAGAUUGCAUGAUGUUGAUGCAGAACUUGACGACAAGAUCACCAUUACAAAAAAACAAAUUGAGAAGCUAAGAAAGCUCUUGGAUAAUGUAAAGGAAUGCCAUACUAAAUUUUUAAAACGAGAUGAAAUUGAAGAUAAUAUUGAUGUUACUCUUGAUUCAAAGGAUGAAAUCGAUGUUCAUAUAAAAAUUAAUGAAAAACCUAGUGAAAAGAUUAGUGAUA